CGCCAGAGUCCUUUUGUUGCAUGGGGCCGGCGCCAUGGACGACUUCUUCUUCGAGAAAGAGGCCGAGUGCUGCUUUGACCGCGACGGCGACAACCCAUCGGACCUCGAGCGACUCCAUGUCGAGGAAGACAUGGCCGAGAUCCCUCGCGCCGACUGGCUCCUCAAGACCGGACUCAAGCAGCAAAAGAUAUCGGUCCUCGCUUCGAUUCCAACGAUCCUCGCCGCCAACAACUCGAAAGAGAAUUUAACGCUGCUCCUCGACGACAUCAAGAUAAUCUGGAAGCGCAACGAGACCGAGAACGACAUGGACAUGCUCGUCGAGAUCCUCAACUGCCUCAUGCACCUCGCCGGUGGCACAUGCGACGGCAAGCUCAUCGCGUACCCGCUGCCGACGCUCCACGACGAAUACGACGAGCUCAUCUCGAGCUACCACCGGCAAAAGCAGGCCGCGACCUUCCUCCUCAGCGACGACCAAGUCACCAAGCAGCUCCUCCCAAUGGUGCUCGACUUUGUCAACGACAUUCAGCAGAAAGACGUGGCCGAGGUCGCGAGUCGGUGCAUCGCCGCGCUCGUACCACGCCUCUCGGGCUCGGUCAAGAAGACACAGAUCAUUCGCAUUGGCAUCGAGAAGGGCGACGUGUCUCAGGCCGCGGGCUCGCGCCUCAUUUGUUGCUGGGUCCUCGGCGUCCUCACGGCGUCGACGCUGCUCUCGGAAGCCGACAUUGAGAGCCUCUUUUUCCAAAAGAUGAUGGGUCUGUGCCAAGACACGGACACAGACGUGCGGACGUGCAUGUGCAUGCAGCUGGAUGCGUUGGCGCGCGCUGUGAGCACGACAAAGGCGUGUGCCGACCUCCUGCCUGAGCUCCUCGAGCUCCUCCAAGACGAAGAGGAGCAAGUGAAAAGCAUGGCGUUUCGGACGCUCGUGUCCCUCUACGACUUUUACCCCAAGAAGGAGCGCGAAUCGCAGAUCUUGCCCGUGCUCCUUGACGUGAUUGCCCACACGCCAUCGUAUUUAAUCGGCCCGCUCGCCACCAGCUUUGGACGACUUGUCUUUAAGCUCUUUACGCUCAACGACUUUGGCGCAGAAAGCAGCAGCGUCCUUCUCACGGCCUUCAAUCGCCUCGGGCGGCACGCGGAGAACGAGGUGCGCCUCGCUUGCGCCUACAACUUUCCCGCGGUCGUCUUGUCGUUUGGCGCCAACCAAUACUCGGCGCAGCUCGACGAGCUCCUCCAAGCGCUCACGCAGGACAAGGCCGAGAGCGUCCGCAUCACGGCUGUCGCUGGCCUCCACGAAAUCGCCCACCUUCUCGGGCAGCAGCGAGCACUGCGGUACAUCAAAGCCAUGUCGCUCACGACGCUGCGCGACGAGUCGGCGGUCGUCCAAGGCUACAUGAUUGCGCGCUUACCCGACGUCAUGCCCUACUUUUGCACAAGCGUCGACGACGACCAGCGGAUGGCGUACCUCGAGACGGUGCUCAAGCACAUUUUACAGCAUCAUACGGUCCUCGCGGCCGGCAAGUGGCGCGACCAGCUACGCGUCGUCUCAGCCCUCGAGAAGCUGCACCCGUUCUUGUCCCCGAUUCAGCUGUUUGAGCGAAUAUUUCCGCUCCUCUUUGAGAUGAUGAACGCGGUGCGUGGGUCGGUGUACGGCGUUUCGGACGACGUUGGGCUUGUAGGGCGCGCGACCGGUCCAGCUCGAAGCCGUGCGCACCCUUGUGACCCUUCACCGCGAGAACAAAGUCCAGACCAACCGCUUCAACAUACUCGUGCGCCUACGAAAGGAGUACGCCCAGGGCAAGAGCUACUGGCAGCGAUCGCUCUUCCUCGACGCGUGCGACUUUGCUGUUGGCUGCUACAGCCGCAAGUACAUUCGACACGUCUUUGUCGAGCCCGCACUCGACCUCCUCGACGACCACGUACCGAACGUGCGCAUCAAGGCAGCGUCCCUGCUCUUGGCGUGGAAGAGUUGCUUGGAUCCGAAUACGCCAGGCGACGAGAAGCUCCUCACGCGCAUUCGCAUCGUGCUUGAAGCGCCGCAUGAAGCCGACCGUGACGUACUUGCCGUCCUUGUACACGCACGCGACCACUGGGCAGAACCCGUGACUCCAUCAGACGAGGACAAUGACCGCCGCGUCGCUGCUGAGGAGGCGCUUGGCAUGCACACGGACCACGACCUCUUCACGUCGGAAGCCAAGUGGUCGGAAAUGCUCGAGUAUACGCUGAUCGUCGGCAAAGACGGGCAGGUCGUCCGGCGCGCGCGCGUCAAGUCGAUCGACAUAAUCAACAAGAUUCGACAGCACAGCAAAGAGAUGCCCAACCCGCGGUCGUCGUCGACGUGUGUGCCACCGCGGCAGCUGAGCAAGCUGGACGUCAAGCCCGGUGGCACCAAGCUCCCGACGACCAUGGUGCCAAAACCAACAGCCACGUCGUCAGCCGUGUCACUGCCAACGUGCGCAACGCUAGCACCCAAGAGUGCCAGCGCUGGCCUCAUUGCAAGAGAGUCCAAGAGCGCGACGGCAACAACGGGCUCGCUCAAGCAGAUUACCGAUCCAGCGAAAAUGGCGACUGCGCGAAGUGCGCUCGUGAAAGCACCGCCAUCAACGACGACGAGCGCCGUGGCGAGCAAAGCCAAAGACAAGAAGGACGAGACGACCUUGACGAAAAUCCCGAACAUCCCAGUACCGACGCGUCCGGUCGCACCGGCAAAGCGCGUUCAGUCGCCGUCCAUGGUCAAACCGGCAGCGCUUGCAACCGGCACAGCGGCAUCAACGUCGACCGCGGUCUCUCUGGCGCGAACAGCGCCGUCCGCGGCCAAAGUGGCACCCUUGGCCAAACGAUGAUGACCGGGCAAAUCGCUAGCAUACAUACUCCUGCCAACUUAUAAUGCGAGUAUUAGACCGUCGUGGGAAAGCGGCGACGACGACUGAAGUGCGGGUUGAGAAUCUGGUGUUGUUGUUUCGCGAGACGGUACCGUCAGUCGGACGUCUGGAUACCAGCAUCACAC